AUGACUGGCGGUGGCGGCCAGGAUGUGCCCUGGCCAGAACAGCUGGCAACAGAAGGCAUCGGCGUGCCUUUGCACAUCUUGGUUGUGACUGGAAGGAAUGAUGCUAUCCGGACACGCCUGGAGCAUGCCUUGACCAAGUCGGCCAAGUCGGCCAAGUCCCGGGUCCAGGUCCUCCAUGGCCGCGACCCCCAAGUGACCGUGGAGGUGGCCAGAGAGCCAGGGUCGAACUCCACCUACAUCAGUGCAGAGCGGCUGGCUGUGCUUAUGGAUCUUGCAGAUGCCAUCAUUACGAAGCCAGGUGGUGGCACCACCGCUGAGAUCGCGUACCGUGGAUUGCCAGCUGUGUUCGACGCAACGCAUGGCUUGCUCCACUGGGAGGAGUUCACUGUUCAUGCUUUUGAAGAACAAGGCUGUGGUGAGCGCUUUGUGUGGGCGCAGCAGCUUCCUAAAGUUCUGAGACGAGCGCUUCAAAGACCACGCUCAAUAAGACUGGCCGAGGACCCAGCUUCUCCAGGAAACGUACUUGACCCUGGGCCCCGUAUUGUGUCUGAAGCAGACAAGCUGCUGGCAAUACCGUGUUUCAAUUGUACAAUAUUCCGGACAAAUCACAUAUGA